AUGGAGGGAAAUAGGUUUGGAUCUCCUGAGAGAAGCAAGAUGCAAACUUCUCAAUCGCAGCCGCGACGGACAUUGUCGGUGCCGGAGGGGCAUGCAAAGUUUCGCAUUCUCUGCUUCGUGAAUCAGGUCGGCGAUGUGAUCGGAAAACGCGGAAGCGUGAUUAAAGAGAUUAUGAAGUCAACGGAAUCAAAGAUUCGGGUCGAGGAAGGUCGUAUCGGUUCUCCGGAACAGGUCAUCACGAUUAUCGCACACGCAGAUUCGACGUCUUGGGUAAAAUUAGUCGCUAACAACGCCGGCAAAUGGAAGAAGGAGGAGCAGGAAGUAGAAGACGUCGAGGUCUCCAAUGCACAAGCCGCGUUGAUUAGGGUUUUCGAAGUUUUGAAAGACAGGUUUUGGAGCGGUGAGGCCUCGUGUAGGCUGUUGAUUGAAGAUAGCUAUGCGGGUGUUAUGAAAGGCCACGCUGGAAAAAUGCUGAAGAGGAAUUGUCAAGAAAUUGGCUGCAAGGCUAAAAUCGUCGCAGAUAAUUUGCCAAUCUGCGCAGAUCCUGAUGACGUAAUGAUGGAGAUCAAAGGAAAUGUUAUGGCAGUGAAGAAAGCUUUAGUAUCCGUAUCCAGCGACCUGCAAUCUUGGCAGAAGAGUUGUGUGGAAACGAUUGACAGAGAUCUUUCAAGGCCUAUGGAAACCAAUUCUCACGACUACAGACUGAGAAAAGAUGACGUGUUAUCUCAUCGAACUUCACUUGGGUCUAGUAACAGGAAGACUGAGGCGGUUCCUCAUCCAACUUUUGAUGUUUUCCGGGGAGAUGUUAGAGAAGUGGAUCCUCGUGGUUCCUUGCAUAGACAGUUUGAGAUGGGUCAAGAAGAUAGGAGUUUUGAGUCAUUUCCACGAAAUGCUUAUGAAAGGCGCACUUGUGCACUAGAGACUGCCUCUGCUUCAAAGAAUCACCCUCGCUCAGAAUAUGAAGAUGAUUAUCGAAUGUUGUUACCACCAGGUAUUUAUCAAGAUGACUUGGUUCUCAAGAUACUCUGUCCAAGGGAGAGUGUUGGUGGUAUUAAUGGGGAGGGUUGUGCCGAUAUCCAGACGCUUCGAGGUAGGACAGAUGCCUCCAUACAAGUGGGAGAUACAGUUGCUGACUGUGAUGAAUGCUUGAUUACAUUUCAGUCAAAGAUCCCUGAAGAGAGAAGGUCCCCAGCUCAAAUAGCUCUUGACGUUGUCUUCGCUAGACUAUUUGAGAUUUCUACUGGAACAAGCGUGUUCAGUGGCUCAAGGUCAUCUACCACUGCACGGCUUGUGGUCUCCACAAAACAGAUUGGAUUUUUGCUGCGAGAAGGGGCCUUUGCUUCUACAUGUCCUUGUGUAGUACUAAUACUGGAUGUUGCGCAGAACCCAAAAUGUAUCUCAGCGAAAGAUCAAGUUGUGCAGAUUUCAGGAGAGCUUUCAGAUGUGCAACGUGCUAUUAAACAUGUCACAGGCAUGCUAAGAUACCAAAUUGUCCGCAAUUCCAGACUUACUGAUCAAAGACCAGAAGAUCCAUCUCUCAGUAGGUUCAGUCACGUUCCGAUGGAAGCCGAUGAUAUCUUGCGUUACUUUGAAGCUCGAUCUCAUAACUCCACGCCUGCUUAUGCGGAUUCAUAUACAAGACCAGAAGAUCCUUUUCCCAGUAGCUUCAGUGACACUCGUGGAUAUUCUGGUUGGCCGUCUACUAUGAAUGCCCAUGAUAGCUCGACACAUGGUGCUCCAAGAGGUGCUUAUGAUGGGAGUGGAGGAUUAUCUUCUAGAAUGGCUGACCCUGGACUUGGCAGCGGACUCGUUGUGGAAAUUAGAGUUCCAGAGACUGCUGUGAGGCAUCUGUGUAGAGAGGAGGAGGAUAGUGGUUCUGAUUGUCUACGGUGUAUGAGACAGGAUUCGGGGGCGAGAGUCAUAGUCCGUGAACCUCAUCUAGGAAUCAUUGCCAUAUCUGGGACACGUGAUCAAAUCCAGAAAGCUCUAAUAACUCUUGCUGAGUUUAUCCGCGUGUAUUGCUGA